UUUUACGAAUUUCCUCUUAGAAGCCUUGAUGAUAGGCUUCAAAUUCCCUGUGAUCCAAGCCGUGGAAAGCUGGAUGAUGCAGCUACUAUUAUAUUCAAGAUAUGUAAAUAUGUUGAUAACAGUUUAAUACUUAAGUUGAUCAACCAUAUUAAACGUUGGAAAUCGACCAAUGUAAAGCAACCACCACAAUACAACGCGGAGAAUUCACAGCAUUCCAAAAAUAAUAUAGUAAAUCAAGAGGUAAAGAAGAAAGGAUCAUUAAUCAAACCUGCUCGAGAUGACCAUUGUGAUAAACAAGCUAUACGAUCCAAUGUUGGAAUAACUGCACUUGAUAACGAUGUAAACAAUGGAUCUCAAACUCAUAAUAAAAAUCAUGUUAAUGAUAAUAUUACUGAUUGGAUAAAUGAAAAUAAAGAAAAGUGGACAAAUAAUGAUAAAGAAAAAUGGACAAAUAAUGAUAAAGAAAAGUGGAAAAAUGAAGAUAAAGAAAAGCGGACAAAUGAUGAUAAAGAAAAGCGGACAAAUGAUGAUAAAGAAAAAUGGACAAAUGAUGAUAAAGAAAA